GCCCCGUCGCGCCGGGCGCUGCCAGGACACACAAUAAGAGACAGUCCCUGUCUCGGAGAGCUCCAAGUGUAAAUAGACAGAGGGUGAGAGGGUAAACUGAGGCACAGCAGAAGGCCCAUGACUUGUCCAGGGUUACCCAGCAGUUCAGUGGUGGAGCCGAGACCCCAGGAGUCCUCCAGUCCAUCUCCGGCCUCCUCUAUCCAAGCCAGGACUCCAGGUGCCAUCUCCGAGCCAUGCCAGGGGCCCCCAUCCCUACUUCUGUCUCCCAUGGGGCCAGCCCGAGGCAGGGUGGGGAGGUCCCCUCGGCCGGGGAGUCACCAUGAGUUAGAUCCGCCCCGUUCUGAUGUUCUCCAGCGCGGCCCAAGGCCUCCCUGCCUCAGUUUCCCCAAACCCGGCAUGCCCCCGGGGGAGGCCUUGCCGCUGAUCCCCUCCCCUCCUCCCGCCAGGACCUGCGGGGCAGCGUGGAGCGGAUCUGCCAGUUCCUGGGCAAGCCGCUGGACGCGCGGGCGCUGGACGGGGUGGUGGAGAACGCCUCCUUCCAGGCCAUGAAGCAGAACAAGAUGUGUAACUUCAGCCUGGCCCCCAGGUUCCUGCUGGACCAGACCCAGAGCUCAUUCCUGCGGAAAGGGAUUACCGGGGACUGGAAGAACCAGCUCACCACGGCCCAGAGCGAGAAUUUCGACCGGAUUUACCGGGAGCAGAUGCAGGGGCUGGAUCUGAGCUUCCCCUGGGACCAGCCGAGCCCCCAGCCCUCCCCACCCCCCACCGAGUGCUCGGACCCCUCGCCGGGCGGCAGCUGAGACAGAAGGGAGCACGGUGCACUGGUUAGAGCAGGGGGGCUGGGAGCCAGGACUCCUGGGUUCUCUCCCCGGCUCUGGGAGGGGAGGGGGGUCUAGUGGUUAGAGCAGGGGAGCUGGGAGCCAGGACUCCUGGGUUCCAGGUUUGACAAUUGAAGACAGGAUUCCUCAGGGAGGUCUCUUGAGUGAGGAUGGAGGCACCCCACCCCCGCCAGGAUCCCUGCCCCAUUCAGCCCCUACAGGGUGCAGAGGGAGCGGGGGUGGAAGGCUAGCUCAGUGCGAGGGGGGAUGUCAAGGGUCCCCCACGAUCUGGCCUCCUCUGAACCUGAGAGCUGUAGUAAACACGGAACAAUAAAACUAAUUUAUUGCUGGGCUCCUAACGCAGCCCUUCUGUGUGUGGGGGCUGGGUGUACGGGGACAUCUCGCCUGGUGCUGGGACGCGGCCCCUCGGGGGUGGGGCGUGGGGGCUGGGUAUACAGGGACCCCCUUG